CUCAAUAUGUAUUACAAGGGGGAAAUCUGGUAAAGAACAGAAUGGCCAAAGCUUCUCAGGUGAGGGAUGUGGCCCAUGGGCCUCUUGUUUAUCUAUGUAGCAUGCGGACAAACAACAACAACAGAAAGUUUGACAACAACAAUGAUUGUCACUGGCGCAGAAUCCACACUGAGUAGCUCAACAGAACAAAUGGAGGAGACUACAAGUUCUAUUACGACUGUUGAGCAAGAAAAAACAACAUAUACAGUAACAGCCUCUCCAGUUACAAGUCCCGAGAACAAGUUCACAACUUUGGAUUUUUCUUCUUUGGAAUCAACAACAUUAGCGUCGACAAUAACAACAUCAACCGAGUCAGCCGAGAUAACAGAAGAUGUAACAACCUCUCCUGCAGAUACAGCUACAUUGAUAUCAACAACUGAAUCAUCAUCCAAUCCAACAACAAGGGCAUCAACGACACAGGAAGCAACACAAACAUUCACUACGAACCCGUCAACUACAACAAACCAAGAAACAUCAACUGAAAGCUUAACAACUACGCAACCAAUCACAUUGCCAUCAACUGCAAAAAACAAAGAAACAGCAACUGAAAGCUUAACAACUACUCAACCAAUCACAUCGACAUCAACUACCAAAACAACAUCAACAGUGGAGACGACAACUACAAGAAACUCAGAAACAUCAUCAACUUCCGAAUCAACAACACCAUCAAUAAUAAGUACUGACGGCAAAUCAACUGCGAAAGAAGAUACAUCUCCAGCUACAACAACCAGUGAGCUUAAACCAAACCUUAGUACAUCAACUUCGAAAUCAACAGAAACAUCCAAUGAACCUCUGGGCACUACUACAUCAUCUAAUGCAAAAGAUACCGUAGAAGAAUCGACUCAGUCAAAAGUGACAAACACUCAAUUGAUCGUUGGAGCCUCGGCUUCUAUUGUUGGAAUAGUAUUAUUAAUGAUAAUCAUAGGACUGGUAGCCAGAAAAUGUAGUAAAUCGAAUAAACAACACGAAAAACAACAGGAAGAUGAUGGACCAAUCAGAGACUGGAGAGACCUUGCAUUGGCGGGAAAACAAAACACUGAUUCUCUAUACAAUGCCAAUUCCACCUUAUCCUACAACAGAAAUUCUUACGUUGCACACGCACCACUGCAUCACCUCAAAUCUAGUGGUGGAUCUCGUCAUGUGGACUCCAAUAAAUAUCGCAGAUAUUGACAACUUUUAAGCUCACCUCCUAUUGUACAUAAAUAUGAAUUAACAUUUUCUUAGACUUCACUGAAUUUGUAUAUAUCAUUUGCUUUGAA